UUCUCGCUGGCUCCCUCCCUCCUCUUGCCCAUCACUCCUGUCCUGUUGAGGGUGUUGCAGAGGAAGAGGCGUGAAGAAAUAUUUUCUUGAACAAGAUGGAGAAUCAAACCGCGGGUCUCCAUCUGGUCUCCGCGUUUCUCGCCAUGGAACCCACCGACUGCGUGAUGUCGCACGCGAGAUCGCUCGGUGGUGGGUCCGUGACGGUGGAUGUUCAGAGGUUCAUUUGGGAUCAUUGCAUCAGUAAAGCUAUUGGCAAAUGUCAUGCUCCGUACUUGAAAAACUUCUUGAAGAAGCUCAUAUUGGAAAUUGAGUCUAAUCGUGAUGACGUGCUAGAUGAAUUGUAUGAACUGUACAGCGAGUUCAUGAUUUCUUUAAAGGAUGACAACACGGUCAAAGGGAAUGUGAGGGCUUUGAAAUAUAUUUCUUUUCUUUUCCCAGAUGAUGCAAAUUGUGAGGAUGCAAUGGUAAGGAAAAUGGUGGUUCCUCUGCAUUGUUCUCUCAACAUGCUUGAAGGAGAUACAGGGUGCUCGAUCUGGCCAGCCAGUCUAUUUUUGUCAGAGUUCAUACUUUCCUUUCCGGAUAUGUUCUCCAGCAAAACAUGUUUUGAAGUUGGCUCGGGGGUUGGCUUAGUUGGUAUCUGUCUCUCCCACGUGAAAGCUUCCAAGGUAAUAUUAAGCGAUGGUGACCUAUCAACCUUAAGCAACAUGAAGCUUAAUUUGAAGAUGAAUCAAAUGAGCACGGAAGAUGAUGAGCCAGUAACUUCGGAAUUUUUAGAUUCUUUUGACCAUGCGCAAAUUGGAGGAAUAAGAACUGAAAUUGAUAUCAUUUCCUCGCCCCAGGUAAAAUGUUUACACCUGCCUUGGGAAUGUGCAUCUGAGAGCAUACUUCAGGGAUUGAAACUGGAUAUAAUCUUAGGUGCAGACGUAAUAUACGACCCGUUGUGCCUGCCACACCUUGUGCGCAUGCUCUCCAUUCUUUUGGAUAAAACGAAGUCAUCUUCACGACUCCCAGGAGUAGGCUGCGGUGGUGCAAUUGGCAGUUCACAUGAUUAUAGCGAUGGAUGUGGUUCCCAUGAUGUUGUGGCAGCUUGCAGCAGUGCAGGAAAUGCUGGUCCCACUGAGCAUCCGAUGGCUUACAUUUCAUCCGUCAUCCGCAAUGCCAAUACUUUCGAUCACUUUCUUGCUUUAGUCAACGAGGCAAACCUUGCCAUCACAGACCUGACCGGAACUCUUCAACCCGCCAGUUUGCUUCCUUACAUGCAAUCAUACAAUAGAUCGAGCAUGCGACUGUUCAAGCUCUCAAGCAAAUGAUGCUCGCUGUUUGUACCUUACCAUAAUGGGAAUAGUUUGUGCCCCAUUUUCGAGUUGGCACACUCACGCAAGCAAGGAUUGCGCAUUGUCCUCAUAGUGAUCCGUGUCAGAGCAUUUCUGAGACAUUUCCUCUUAUACUUUCACUUGGCCUAUGUGAUUUGUUGUAGGGAUAGCGAGCAUUGUUGUAGUAAUUUUGAGUUUUGAGAGGAAAUACUACAUCCACACUGGUGUGAAUGAUGCUUACUCGACAGCAAGAUACUUUGUUGGACGAUAGCAGAAUGAAACUCUUUUGAGGA